ACAUAACUCUAGUAAAGAAAUAAAGACGAAACUUCAAACACAAACUUUAAAAGUGUCAAAUUUCUUUAAAAAAUAAAUACAUCAUGAGAAGCAACAUACGUUUUUAUUUCUAUAAAUUUUAAACUGUUAAAUAAGGUGUUAAUUUACUCUAAUGAAUGUAAAAGAAGUGGUUUAACUAAAAAUGAAUAAAUCUCGGACUGGAAUGGAUAAAAAACACAGUCAACUACCUGGCUGGCUUUGGCCUACUUCAAAUGCUCUACCUCCCGUGUAUAAACGAAUUUGGGAAUUUGUUAAAGAAGAUCGACCUACUCUUGGAGCAGUACAUGGUGAGCUUUUAGUAGACACAAACAAAGUAUUUCCUCUCUUAUUAACCAGUCAAUUACCUACGGAAGUUCUUGGAUAUAUCUGGAGUUUAGCUAAUCAAAAAUAUGCUGGACAGCUAACAGAACAAGAAUUAUACAUCGUUUUAGCUUUAAUCGCCAUCGCUCAAACUUCUUAUGCAUUUACAAAUCUUGAUGUACUUCAUAUGUUACCUGGACCACCAAUCCCGCGAUUGAAUCUAAAUAUUUUGUAUUCUAAUAUACCUAAAUCAGAAGCUACAAUCAUUCGAGAUUCCUUCCCAAAUGAAAAUCAAUACAAAUCUAGUAUUAAAAAUCAUGACUCUUUUUCAUCACCUGCUCUUUCGUCGUCUAUUAUCAAUACAUCUUGCAUUAAUGAACCAAAAAUAGACAACAAAAUUUCAUCUGGAUCAACAAAAAGACUUUUAGAUGAAAAGCUGAGUGGUUUGAAUCAUGGAAACAAUACACAAAUUUCAUCCACCUCAGAUUUUGAUGAUUUCUCCGACUUUCAAAGUGCUCCGAUUGCUCCAACUCCAAGUAUUCCAAUGUGGGACUCGAAACAAGGUUCGGCAAUAGGUAGUAGACUGGCUAACCAUAAUUUAAGCGGAGGAAAAUUUGUUGAUAAGAAAAAACCUAACGGAAAAUUAAGUAAUCAAGAAAACAGUCCAGUUCGAAUAAACUCACUUAAUUCUUCGGGAUUGGUCAGGGAAAAAUCUCCAGAUCGUACUCCAGCAGCAUUUCCAAAGUGUACGAUCAAAAAUCAGUCAAAAACUGUCAUUCUGAAAGACACAAUUAUUCGAAAUGGUGAAACAGUUCAGCAAGUGUCUACAGAUUCGAGAGAAUUUUCUGAUAAAAUUCCAGAGCCUUUACCUUUACCAAAAGUACCACCGCCUAGAUCAUCUGAAGCUUCAGCACAAGAUCUCAUGAGUCUUCAGCAAGUCGAAGACAAAUACAGUGCAUUGAGAAAUUUAAUUGAUGAGUCUACAAUAGAAACUUCUACUACUUCUGUAGUAGAUUCAAAUUCAACAGCUGUUGAUGAUUUUGGAGAUUUUGUAUCAGCAGAACAUAUUGAACCAACAUUCAAUACAGUCCAAUCCAGUGUUGAUACUUCAUUAGAUUUAUUCUCUGACUUUGAACAAUUUUUACCAAGCAAUAGCAAUGAUAAAUCACAAAUAUCUUUUGCUCAAGAAACUAUUGAGGCUUUUGCACAAUUGGAAAUAACUGCUAGUCCCGAAAAAUCAAUUAACUUCCUUGAGGAAAAAUAUGAAAUGACAAUAGACCCAGAAAAAGUUAUCGCAAAAGAAGAUACUAUUUCGGAAAAUAGUCUUGAGUUAGGAAAUAACACAAUUAUGACUCGGUCCAAUUCAGUACCUAGUUUAGAUCUCAAGUGUUUUCUUCCAUCAGUCGGAGAUGAAGAUAAGGAUGUAGAAACUAUGAACCAAUCAAUUUAUUGGGAAUGGAAACAAUAUAUGGAAACCUGUGUACAACUUCUUCAAGUAUCAGCCAGCAUUUUUACAUCUAUUACAUCAGAAGUUGUUCUUCAUGAAGUAUUAAAUUCAGCUCAAGGUUAUAAUUUCCUUUGUAAUUUAGCAGAGGUGGCAGCUGUUUGUAGACGAGUUAAUUUUUCUCACAAAGAGAUGGAUAUAAAUAUUAUGGGUUUCGAUGAUUUAUUGAUGGAUAUUGAUAAAAUUUGGGCGGAAAUGGAACCUUUCUACGUUAACAUUCCGAUCGUUACAGAAUUACCAACUUGGCCACAACAUCAAGGAGAUAGUUCAGCUUGUGCUCUGUGUUUGACUGUCAUAACUAGUGGCAAAGUUGUUCAUAACGAUAACAGUUAUCAUGUUACUUGUGCAAAUUUAUGGCUAAACUGUAUUAAUAAUAAUUUGCCAGCACUACGUCAUGUUUCUUCUCAUGGACAUACUGCAGUAACUGCAGCAAGUAGUCAGAUCUGAUAAAAAGAGAUUGUAUGAAUCUAGUCUUU